ACCUUUCAAAUAGUUUGGUUUUUAGUUAUUACUGGGUAAAGAAUAUUAACCCCAAACAUUGCGGACAUUAUGUGCUUUUGUUUAUUUUAAUAUAAUGCUUAUAUAUUUCCCAGAGCUUUCAACUUAGUGAAGACAUUUGUUAUAUAUAUGUUGGUUACCUUGUGGUUGCGGGAUACCUGUACACCAAUCAUAUCAUACUUCAAUGAACGGCAACGAAGAACCGAGGGAAUUUGUUUUAGAUGAUGUAGAAUAAAAAAAAGUUAUUACCGGAUAAUGCGUUUACAUUUACAUUGCAUUGCACAUGCUAUGAAAUUUUUGGUUUGUUACCAUUGUACUUUGUAAGAUGAGUGAAGUGUUGGACGCAGUGCAGGAAUUAAAAUUAAACGAGCCUUUAUUUCGAAAUGUUAAGUUUUAUGUUAGUGGGAAGGCACAUGAAAAGGUCUUAAGCAUUCUUCAAGAGGGAGGAGGAGAACGGAUGAAUUACUUCUCAGACUUUGUGACGCACUGCAUUAUUGGAGAUGAUGCAUCUGAAAGUGAUAUUUGUGAUGCCAAGGAACUGUAUGAAGUCCCAGCAGUUACUCAGAAGUGGGUCCUUUACUCCGUUAAAUGUAAAAGAUUGUUGCCUACUAAAGGUUUCUUGCCUGACAGUGACCAGCUUUUCACAGGGAUAAUUGCAUGUCUUUCACGAACCACGAAAGCUGAUUCUGAAGCGUUAUGGGCUAUGAUAACAUUCAAUGGUGGGCAUUGUCAACUGAGCCUGAACAAGCAUUGCACCCAUUUGAUAGUAACAAAACCAGAAGGAGCAAAAUAUGAGGAAGGAGUGCGUCGUGAAGAAUCUCUUCAUAUUGUGACUCCAGACUGGGUUGUGGAUAGUGUGCGAAGCCGAGGGAGGUGUGAAGAAGGUCUCUAUCAUCCUCGUCUGCUGAUCCUACCAAAACCCCGCCCUCCUACCCCUCCUCCUGCUCUUCCACCAUCGGCUGUGUCAAGACCAUUUGGAUCCAUAGGUGACAAUAACAAGUCAGGCAGCAAUGACAACAAUGGUCUGCUUUCAACAGCUCAGAUCUUGGGAUUUGCAGAUGAAGUGUUUGAUAGCAAGGAUGUGGGUGGUGGACAAGGUAGCAAGGCAUCUCUUCUGGAACAGUUGAAGCAGAGGAUGCCAUGGAAUCAGCCACAGUCUGCAACACAGCAGAAACAAAUUUUGACAACAGUGCAACACCAGCAGGUUUUGCAGCAGCAAAAGGAUCAACAGUUACAACAGCAGUUACAGCAGUUUCAGUCCAUUCAACAGCAGCAGCAGCAGCAACGAAUGGCUACGUCAUCAGCAGUAGGGUUAACUCCAGUCCCAAUGCAACAGCAAACAUUGUCUUCCUUGCAGGUAUCUGCAGCAGGAGGACAGCUGCUACAGCAGCAAGUCCUUACCUCAUCUCCUGCAAGUGGUAAUGUGGUGAUGACAGGGCAAGGUGCUAUGUUGCAACAUCAGAGGACAAUGCAGGUAAUUCAGCAACAAAGAAGCAUGCAGGUGGUACAACAAGAUGGUUCUCAGGUGCAGGUGAUGCAUCAGCAGAGGGUGAUACAGCAAUCAUCACCCCAUCCACAGCAGCAACAAAUACAAGUGCAGCAAGGACCUCCUUGGAGACAGGCUAUUCCACCACAACAGCAACAAACGCAACAAAUCCAAGUACAGAAACAGCAGUUUGUAAUAAGAGAAGGUCAGCCACAAGUGCAGCCACAGCCUAGUCAGCAGUCUCAGACGCAUCAAUAUACAGUGACUGUACAGCGUGAGGUAGUUGCGGGUACAGCUGGUCAGCUGACAUGGCAGCAACAACAGCAACAGCAGCAGCAGCAGCAGCAACAGCAGCAGCAACAACAGCAACAGCAACAGCAACAACAGCAACAACAGAGGCACUACCACCUUCAGCAGCAGCAGCAGCAGCAGAGACAGCAGUUACAGCAACAGCAACAACAGCAGCAACAGCAACAGCAACAGCAACAGCAGCGUCAGAUUGCAUGGACUCAGCAGCCACAGGCUCAGGGUCCUCCACGUCACCUGAUCCAUUUGGACCUUCAGACUCAUGCACAAUUACAGCAGAUGGAUCCACAACAGAGAGCCAUUUUCUUUCAGAAGAUUCAAAAGCAACGACAGAUAAUUUUGCAGAGACAGUUACAAGCACAAAGACAAGCCCAGGCACAGCAGCAGGGAGUAGUACCGGGAAUCCCUCGCCAACAGUUGAUACAGCAGCAGCAGCAGCAGCCACAACCACAGGUUCUUAUUCGAGGUCAGCUCCCUGCUGGCCUGACACCUCAGCAGCAGCUGCAGUGGUUGCAGCAACACCAACAGAGACAACUUCAAGGACAGGCUGCUGUCAUUAACCAGCAGCAACAACAACAACAGCAACAGCAGCAGCAGCAGCAGCUUCUCCAACAGAACCCACAACUUCGACAGCAGCAGGUUUUAGUGCAACAGCAGGGUCCACUUCGCCAGCAGCAGUUGAUACCAGCAGGGCAGAGUCCCAUAGCUCAGCAACAGCAGCCUCAACAAGCUACACAGCGAGAAUUGGUAGUCACUGGAACUGCUCCUGGAAUAAUGCAGACCCCACAGCAACUUCAGACUACAGGUGCUUCUGGUACUUGGAUUCCCCAGCAGGCUGAGAAUGCUGGUACAGUUCAACAGGCACAAGCAAAUCAACAGCAGCAGAUGGCACAGCUGCAAUUACAGAGACAGCAUCAGAUACGCCUCCAGCAGCUACAAUUGCAGAGAGAUGCAGUUGCACAGAAGCAGCAGCAGCAGCAGCAGGUUGUUGUAGCUGGGCAACGGAUACAGGUGCAGCAGACACAGUCCCAACCACAGUCAGUACAGCAAGGGCAGAUACAGUAUCCUGCACAGGUUCCAGUGCAGCAGCAGAUGGUGCAAGGCCCAAUGCAGUCUCCACUUCAGCAACAGCAGCCACCGCCUGAAGCUACAGAUGAGGUUGCACACCAAGAACACUUUCAAGAUUUAAAGGCUGGAGUUAAUCAACAAGGACAGCAGGCAUCUCAGCAACCACAGCAACCUCUUGUGGUAAAUCCCAAAACUAAAACAGCUCUGGCAAAUAUGCUGAGCAUACGGCUGCAGAGUGGAACUACAGGCACACCUCACUUGUCUCCACAGCAACCAGGAGUACAGGGUCCUGUUUUGGUUGGUCAGCCAGCAACUUCCCAAGAGGGCAGUGCUGCAGGACAGUUACGAUUGAUGACAGCUCAGCAUCAUGCACAACAACAUCAGCCACCACCUGGAAUUCUUCAAUCUCCAACUCGACCAGUUACUGCUUCACACAUUCCACCUGAUCAGCUUCUCACAUACCAGCAACAAAGGCGUACACUGGGCAACAUAACAAAUGCCACGGGUGCUGCCAGUGGUGGAAGCUCUCCAGUUCGCCCUCCUGGCAUGGUGGUAGCUAAUUCAGGGGCACCCCAUGGUGGUGGAGGAGUCUUGCAGCAACAGUCACCACCAGUAGGCGUUGUGGUAGGGGCACCUGGUGUAGGAGCAGCUGUGGCCAAGUCUCCCUACAAUCAGACUGCUGCAACAGCUGCUAGGGUGGCUGCAGCAUUAGCUAAAUCAGCACAGAGUGUGGGGCAGGUCCAGCAGCAACCAAGAGCUCAGUUUUAUGGGCAUAACCCCAACUUGAAAUUGCCGCCAGACCUUUUCCUGUUGGGUUGCAUCUUCAUGAUCGUGGAUUAUGAUUCUAGUAUGCCCGAAGAAGUUAUGAUGUGGCAGCGUAUCAUUGCCUCCAGUGGUGGUGAGGUUGAGACAGUAUAUGGGCCCCGAGUGACACAUGUUCUAAGUGAGACACAAAAGUCUGCAACAUUCCAGCGGGCACUCAGAGAAGGAAAGCGCUGUGUGACAGCAUACUGGCUGAAUGACGUAGUCCUGAAGCAACAGGUGCUUCCACCAUGGCAGGCACUUCACUUUCCUACACCUUUCAGCGAUGAUAAGCCCUGUAAGAACCACAUCAUUUCAUUCUCUGGCUUUGAAGGAGAGGAAAGGGCUCGAGUUCGGUUCAUGAUUGAAGCAACUGGAGCAAAAUGUACCAACUAUUUCACAAAACAUAACUAUAUACUGGUUUGUCGCAGGCUUGAAGGUGCGAAGUACAAAAAGGCACGUGAAUGGAACAGGCCAGUUGUGAAUGUCCAGUGGCUGAAUGAAAUCUUGUUUGGACACUACUCUUGCAUUCAGCAGCCAGAUAUGCCAAAGUUCCAGCAGUUUAAUUUGGGCAAUCCAUUUCGUAUUGAGUAUGCCCUGAUUCCACACCUCAUGGCUGCAUGGAAGAUGCCCAUAAAUAUCACUCAGGAAUCUUACGAUAAGAUUAAAUCAACCCCGCCACCUCAACACCGAGCCAAACGACCUCGUCUUGACAAAUCUGCUACUUCUGCUGGAGACUCAGACCAAGAGAAUAUGCUUGAAAAUGUGGAAGUAACAAAUCUUGAUCCACCUUCAGAUGACAAGAAACCAAUGGUUUUAUUUUCUUAUGUUAUCAAGCAGUCUGAAUUAGCUAAGAAAGUUAAGCAAUUGGGUGGUGCAGUAGUGGACUCACAUAAAGAAGCAACACACCUGGUAAUGUCACAGGCUGUUCGAACCAUCAAGCUUCUGUGUUGCCUCUCCACAUGCCAGUAUAUUGUAUCUGAAGCAUGGGUCAGGGAUAGUCAUGCCCAUAACAAGUUUCUAGAUGAAAAACUAUACAGUUUGAGUGAUCAUGAGUUUGAAAAGACGUUUGGCUGCCAAAUUGCUAAGGUCCUGGAGAAACCUAGCAGAAGUGAAUUAUUUAAGGGUAAAGUGUUCUACAUAACGCCAGGUGUAAUACCUAGCCCAUCAGUUUUAGCAGAUAUCAUCGAAUGUGCUGGUGGUAAGGUAGAAAAACACAGACGUUCACUUAAAUCUGUUCAAGAGAUAAACCAGAAAGAAUACAGCUAUUUUGUAAUCACUGUUGGAAAUGAUCUUCAUCUUCUUAGAGACCUGAUCAGAAAUGAAAUUGGUGUGUUCAAUGCUGAAUUUGUAAUGAGUUCAGUGAUGAGGCAGGAAAUCAAUUAUGGAGCAAAAAUACCUUAGAAAAUGUGUAAACCAUUUUUCUUUAAGACAGUAGAGCAGUGGUUCGCAAACCUUUUUUUUUUGGCCGUCACCCCCUUGUUUCCAUAAAUUCAUCCCCAGUGCCCCCUGGCCUGCCCUGUAAAAGGCAUUCUUCAGAAUAGUGGUUUGCACAACCCGGUAAGGAAGAUAUGAGUAAUAAAUUUAAAAUAAGAUACUACAUUUAGCAGCUACUUUGCUGUUAAUAAAUUCUUAAUGUGUUGAAUGGGCAGUGUCUGGUCUGAAUUGUAAAUAAGGGAAACUUUGUAAGUUUUGAGGUUUUCACGGCGAUGACAAUGAAGAAAGUCGUCUUCUGGGUUUAGGC